UUUUCAAGAAGAUAGUAUCUCCUUUAAGUGAUAAAAGUACGUUAAUACUUCACUGAUUCACUUUAACAAGUAAAACGACUUUUUAAGGGACCUUCGGGAACUAUGAGGAAUCAUUAGCGUUUGCUACACGGAAGUUUUAGUAAACGGACACGCCAUCUGUCAAAAUAUAUUUGGAAUUAUUCCUUUCAUCUGAAUUUGCAGGAGGCUUUUAACGCAUCGCUAAGAAUGUGAUGAGCUGUCUACGAAUUGUUUCGGAGCGAUACUUUGAGGUUUAGAAAGAUGGAGAGAUUUGAAGUUUAUAUUUUUACUGCUCUGUGUACCACGAACUUUCUUAUUUCUUGCUUACUGUUUUCAAAAAUAACACGAGAACAAAGAGAGCCGUAUAUGGAUGAAAUAUUUCACGUACCGCAAGCCCAGAAAUAUUGUGAAGGGAUUUUUAACGAGUGGGACCCCAUGAUCACCACCCUCCCCGGCCUUUAUCUUGUGUCUGUUGGCUUAAUUAAGCCCCUGGUAUGGCUGGCUGGCUGGACGGGAGACGUGGUCUGUUCCACAGGGAUGCUCCGUUUCAUCAACUUGCUCUUUAAUUGCGGAAAUCUCUACCUGCUUUCACUCAUCAUAUGCGAAUUGCACAUGAAAGAUAAGGCUCGCACAACAUCUCGGAGAUUGCUGUUAGCCUUAUCCCUAUCAACCUUCCCAGUACUGUAUUUUUUCACAUUUCUUUACUACACUGACGCUGGCUCCACCUUCUUCACCCUCUUUACUUACCUCAUGUCCUUGUAUGGGAGCCACAAAGCCGCCGCCCUUUUUGGCGUCGGAGCUAUCCUGUUCCGGCAGACGAACAUCAUCUGGGUGGCAUUUAGCGCUGGCUCUGUGGUGGCCCAGAAACUGGACGAAGCCUGGAGGACCGAACGCUCGAAGAAAAAGGAGGAAAAGUCACCCACCCCAAUUCCACACUCUGUCAGCGGUGUCGGGAGAGCGAUCGUCUUCCUGUUUCAGUAUAUGAUGUCACCAAGCAACAUAAAGACUUUACUUUUGACGAUGUGGCCCUACAUCGCCGUGGCGAUCGGGUUCCUUGGAUUUGUUGUAGCAAAUGGUGGGAUCGUAGUUGGUGACAGGAGCAGCCACAAAGCUUGUCUGCACUUCCCUCAGCUGUUUUACUUCUUCUCAUUUACUCUAAUGUUCUCAAUCCCUGCUUCCUUAUCCUAUGGACAAAUUGUGAGCUUUCUACACUCCCUGAAAAGGAAACCAGUGUUGUACAUCUUUACUACUGCUGUCGUUUUGCUCCUAGUGUGGAAAUUCACCUUUGUUCACAAGUAUCUGGUUUCAGAUAACAGGCAUUAUACAUUUUAUGUAUGGAAGAAGAUCUUUCAGAGACAUAAGUUAGUUCCCUACCUUCUGGUUCCAGGCUACGUCUUCGCCGCAUGGAACUUUAUGGAGACUCUGAAAUCAAGGUCUGUGUUCUGGAACCUGCUCUUCUUCACAUGUCUCACGGUGGCAACGGUGCCCCAGAAGCUCCUGGAGUUCCGCUACUUCAUCCUUCCGUACCUGAUGUUCCGCCUCCAUGCACCGCUGGCCUCUGUGCUCAGACUGCUGCUAGAGUUUGGCCUGUACAUUGCAGUCAACGCAGUGACGCUCUACAUCUUUGUUGGAAAGACUUUCCAUUGGCCUGACAGUUCAGACGUAGAAAGGUUCAUGUGGUGAAGUCGAAAAUGGUUACUCAGAAAUCUGUUUUAAACAGUAUUUCCAAAAUAGGAGGGCUGAUUCAAAGCACAAUAUGUUUCAAUAAAGACAGAAAAUUAUUUUCUUAAGCAAUGUCAAACAUUAAAUCAGCGUCAAAGCCAUAUGACAGAAGUAAAUAGUCUCUUGGAUAGUUAUAACAUACUCCUUAAAGUUAACGAAAUCAGAUACUUGUGAUAAUUCUAUUUUAUAUAUACUUGUUGUUUGAUAUGUAUACUUGUCAAGGACCAAAGAGAAGUCAUGUGGCAUGUGGUUCUCAUACUGAUUUAAAAAUGUCGGGAGCAAAAGUUUGAGUAAAAUGAGUGUUUACGUCAUUGGGUGCUGGGUUACUCUGAAGAAGUGUAAAUGUUAGAUGUGGCGUAGUGUAGUGUCUGGUGUUAUAUUUCCUUUCUGCUCAAUGUAAUUUUUUCAUGACCAUGUUAGUCCUGCCAAUCGGUAUUGUGUAAUUGUGCUUAGUGAGGCAGUUAGAAAUGUUGAGUAAGUAGAGUAAAUUAUACUAGCCUACUGAGGUGUAAAGUAUGGAGUACUCGCUUGUCUUUUAUUUUAUUUGUUUGGUCUUAGUUAUCUGUUUUUCAGUCAAGUAAGCAAAAUUAAAUAAAUUUCAAGAUCUACUGAGUGUCAAACUUCA